AUGGACACGAAUGGUAAGACGGUGGACGCGUUGAGCCCAAGAAAGAGGGACAGACCUCACAUUGAAGAAAACGAAUCUACAGGCAAUUCUGCAAAGCGCGUCAAAGGCGUUGCGCCCAUCAAGACAGAAUAUUUGAUGCACCCAGUCGGCAGCAAAGAAGACACAAAGGGCGGUGCGGAGAACGACGAUGCUGCUGAAGCUGGUGGCGAACGCUACCAAAACGUCGAUGCUCGCGACAAUCGUGACGGUGGCAAUGGCAAGAAAAACAGAAAGGAUAAGAAAGGCAAGCAAAACGGCCAGAACACAAGCCGUACUUUCGGUCAUUCUCGCGACAAGCUGCAGCUUUGUGCAACCCGUGCAUCGUACCCCGAAUUUUCUCCUAGAGAAUGUCAGUUCGGCAACAAGUGCAAGUUUGAGCACGACCUUCGCAAGUACCUGGCACAGGGUCGCAGAGAAGAUCUUCCCACAUUUGGCGGAAAGUGCCCCGUCUACGAAGCUAGAGGCUACUGUAACCUUGGUUGGAAAUGUCGAUUUCACAAAAGCCAUUCAGAAGAGAGAGAGCUAGAAGAUGGCCGGAAGGAGCUCGUGCUGCUCGAAGACCCUGAGAAGAAGAAGGGAGACCAGCAACCCCGCGAUUUCGAUGAUGAAGUCGGUGUUGUGAAUCUCGUUUCGAAGCAAGACAAGAUCGAUCUUUCGAGACGACGACGAGGAACACCCAAGGCGGAUGCGUACAUCGAAUGGGCCAAUAAGAUCGCUGAUGAAGAGAGGAAACACUUUGACUCGCAGCACAAGACCCCCGAGCAGCGUAAGAUCGACGUUGAGGAUAGCGUCGACCCAGACGCGAAGGAGGACAACCGAGCGCAAUUCACGGAGCCUCCAUUCCGACCUUCCGAAAAGCGACGUCUUUACUACGGUCCUGAGACCCCCAUUCUAGCGCCACUCACGACGCAGGGCAACAUGCCAUUCCGUCGUCUGUGCGUUGAGCUCGGCGCUCAAGUGACCUGGUCUGAGAUGGCUAUGGGGCUUCCCCUCAUCCAAGGUGAAAAGAGCGAGUGGGCGUUGAUGAAGGCUCACGAGUCUGAGAUCCGUCCCGUUAAGUUUGAGAACAAGAACACUGUCGUCCGAGGCUAUGACAACGCCAGUGACAUCAAGUUUGGAGCGCAGAUUGCCGCCAACAAGCCAUGGGUCGCGACGAAGACGGUCGAAGUACUGACUGCACUCUGCCCUCAACUUCGUGCGAUCGAUCUCAACUGUGGGUGCCCAAUCAACUUGGUCUGUGAGAAGGGUAUGGGUUCUGCGAUGCUUGAUAGCCAUGCUCGCCUCGAAGCCACGCUGCGCGGUAUGAAUUACGUGUCUAACGACGUUCCUAUCACCGUCAAGAUUCGCAUGGGCACGAAGGAUGGGCAGCCCACUGCAGACAAGCUGAUCAAGCGUCUCGUACUCGGUGGCUACGAAGCUGUUGAGUCUGGGAAGGGCACAGCAGGCGUGGCAGCAAUUACCCUGCACGGCCGAAGCAAACAGCAGCGGUACACUAAGAACGCUGAUUGGAGCUACAUUGCCGAGUGCAAUUCGCUAAUCGCUCGGCUGAAGAAGGAAAAGAACGACAGGACCGAUACCGUUGCUGAAGCUGAUCCACGCGACCUUGCUAACGAAGGUCACGUUUACUUUGUCGGUAAUGGCGAUUGCUACUCUCACGUUGACUACUACGAUCAUAUCGACAAUGCAAAGGUAGACUCGGUCAUGGUGGCUCGAGGCGCGCUGAUCAAGCCCUGGAUCUUCGAAGAAAUCGAAAAGGGCCAAUACUUGGACAAGUCGGCUACUGAGCGUCUGAGUUAUGUAGAGAAGUUUGCCAAGUAUGGUCUGCAGACCUGGGGAUCGGACGAGAUGGGUAUUGGGACGACUCGCCGCUUCCUUCUGGAGUGGCUCAGCUUCUCGCAUCGGUAUGUGCCUAUUGGGCUGUUGGAGCAUCUGCCGCCCAACAUCCAGGAUCGGCCCCCGCGCUUUAAGGGGCGAGACGAGCUAGAGACUCUGAUGGCCAGCGAGAACUACAAAGAUUGGAUCAAGAUCAGCGAGAUGUUCCUUGGGCCAGCGGCAGAGGGCUUCAAGUUCGAACCCAAGCACAAAUCCAAUGCUUACGAGGCAGAGGGUUGA